AUGCCUGAACAGGCCCCCAAAUCCCCGACCCUUGGUGAAUCAUGGGUGAUGGCUUCGACCGCUUCUUUGGACAAGGAAGUCCCAGACCCAGAGCCCAGACCAACAAUCAGCAAGGGCGCGAAGAAACCCUCCGAAUCACUGGCAGCCUCAUGGGAAUCGGGCCCCGAGCUUGUGAUGCCCUCAAUUUGCGAAACACCCAACCCGGAAGGAUCAUGGGUGGAAUAUGUGCGCACACCACCAAGGCCGGGAUCUGCGAGCACGCGCAAGCGACGCAAAGUCUCAUCGCCCAGCAAGCUACACCAGCCAGCUGAGCACCCCGCCAAACCAGACGCUGGCUCGUCUGCCAAGGCCUCAAAAGCAUCCAAGUCGACAGGGCUGAACACCGCGCUCGUCCGCGCCGCGAUCAACGCCAUCUUGAUCGCCUUCAUCGUACACCUACUCGUCCUCCCCGAGCUCGUCCACCAAGCAAACGACCUGUGUCGCAUCCCAAGCAUAAAAUCGAUCUACGCCAGCAGCUGUACACACCCACCACCAGCCCCAAACCAAUCAACAGCCUCAGACCUUACAAGCUCCCAAACAAACCUCCAAUCCAUCCUCACCAGGACCCUCACGACCCUAACCCCACUCGCCUCAACCCUGAAAGAAAGCGAAACAAUCCUUACCAACCUCUCAAGCCACCUCCGCAGCACAAUCCCCGAAGCCCGACACGCCCUCGACCUCGAGUUCAGCGGCAGCGACGCCGCCCUGCAGACCGCAAUCUGGGAAUUCGAAUCCCUACGCACCGACCUACAAUCCGCACUCGACAGCCUCCUCUCCCCAACGCAAUCCAGCGUCGCGAUCCACCUCCGCCGCCGGACCGAGUAUCUCGAGCGUCUGCGCACCCAGAUCCGCAGCAAGGCCGAGUCCCUGAAUGCGCGAUUCAGCACGCUAGACGAUCAUCUCGAGGCGGUGGGGAUGGUUGCGCGAGAACAUGCCCAGAUGGCUUCGUAUUCGGUUUUGGAUUCGUUGCCGUUUGGUGCGUAUCUUUGGGGAUCGGCGGGAUUGGCAGGGGAGUCGUCAGCUCGGCCUGAGACCCUUGCGCUGGUGCGUGGUGCGGCGUCGCAUCAUCGUGGUGUUGCUGAUUCGGUCCUUUGGCUGUCACGCCAGUUGGGGUCCACUUGA